CCGAAGUCCGACGUUUACGCGUUCGGAAUGACGGCAUGGGAGAUAUUCGAUGGGAGGAUCCCAUUCCACGAGAUUACGAACGUAUAUAUUGUGCUUCGCGAAGUUCUCGACGGGAAGCGACCAUUGCGCCCAACGCACGCACGGGAUUUGGGCCUGGAUGAUUACAUCUGGGAGGUCGCCAUAGACUCCUGCUGGGCGGCAGAUCCACUGCGGCGA